UAACUGAGUGGUGGGUGGGGUGGGGCCCUAUUUAUGACACAAGCGAGCAAGCCCCUCCCUUCUUGUAAGAGAGUGCUGGGCACGUAGUCUCCUCCUAUUCCUAAUCCUCCCACCAAAGAAAGAGGCACAGAGUUCAUUACUUAGUGGGGCCAGCUGUGGUCGGCCAACUGCCAGCCACCUUAAAAAGGAAGACCAGUGAUGCCAGGAUGGAGUGAAACCCAAGAGGAAGUGCCAUCAUGAGGAAUCAAUGAGAGAUCUGUGAAGACAGAGGGCUGGGUGGGAGCCCAGAAGGAUGAAACCUGGAAGAUCAGUAUCUCCCGUGAGGGAAAUAACAAUGGAGCCAGGUUCUAAGUCAGCAUCUAGGCCAGACUGGCAACCUGAGCCACACCAGAGGCCUAUAACCCAGCCAGAGCCUGGGCCAGAAAAGACACCCAUAGCCCAGCCAGAAUCGAAGACUCUGCAGGGAUCCAAUACCCAACGGGAGCCUGCUUCAAACCAAAGACCCCUCACCCAGCAGGAGACCCCUGCACAACAUGAUGCUGAUUCCCAGAAGGAACCUAGAGCCCAACAAAAAUCUGCUUCACAAGAGGAAUUUCUUGCCCCACAGAAGCCUGCACCACAGCAAUCACCUCACAUCCAAAGGGUGCUGCUCACUCAACAGGAAGCUGCCUCCCAGCAGGCACCUGGACUAGGAAAAGAAUCUACAACUCAACAAGAGCCAGCAUUGAGACAAAGACAUGUAGCCCAGCCAGGGCCUGGGCCAGGAGAGCCACCUCCAGCUCAACAAGAAGCUGAAUCAACACCUGCGGCCCAGGCUAAACCUGGAGCCAAAAGGGAGCCAUCUGCCCCGACUGAAUCUACGUCCCAAGAGACACCUGAACAGUCAGACAAGCAAACAACUCCAGUCCAGGGAGCCAAAUCCAAGCAGGGAUCUUUGACAGAGCUGGGAUUUCUAACAAAACUGCAGGAACUAUCCAUACAGCGAUCAGCCCUAGAGUGGAAGGCACUUUCUGAGUGGGUCACAGAUUCCGAGUCAGAAUCAGAUGUGGGAUCAUCUUCAGACACAGAUUCUCCAGCCACGAUGGGUGGAAUGGUGGCCCAGGGAGUGAAGCUAGGCUUCAAAAGAAAAUCUGGUUAUAAAGUGAUGUCAGGACACGGUGGGACGUCGCUACAUGAGAAAACCAGUGCCCGAAAUCACAGACACUACCAGGAUACAGCCUCGAGGCUCAUCCACAACAUGGACCUGCGCACAAUGACACAGUCGCUGGUGACUCUGGCAGAGGACAACAUAGCCUUCUUCUCCAGCCAGGGUCCUGGGGAAACGGCCCAGCGGCUGUCAGGCGUUUUUGCUGGUGUGCGAGAGCAGGCGCUGGGGCUGGAGCCCGCCCUAGGUCGCCUGCUGGGCGUGGCGCACCUCUUUGACCUGGACCCAGAGACACCGGCCAAUGGGUACCGCAGCCUGGUGCACACAGCCCGCUGCUGCCUGGCGCACCUCCUGCACAAAUCCCGCUAUGUGGCCUCCAACCGCCGCAGCAUCUUCUUCCGCACUAGCCACAACCUGGCCGAGCUGGAGGCCUACCUAGCUGCCCUCACCCAGCUCCGCGCUCUGGUCUACUACGCCCAGCGCCUGCUGGUUACCAAUCAGCCGGGGGUGCUCUUCUUUGAGGGCGACGAGGGGCUCACCGCCGACUUCCUCCGGGAGUAUGUCACGCUGCAUAAGGGAUGCUUCUAUGGCCGCUGCCUGGGCUUCCAGUUCACGCCUGCCAUCCGGCCAUUCCUGCAGACCAUCUCCAUUGGGCUGGUGUCCUUCGGGGAGCACUACAAACGCAACGAGACAGGCCUCAGUGUGGCCGCCAGCUCUCUCUUCACCAGCGGCCGCUUUGCCAUCGACCCUGAGCUGCGUGGGGCUGAGUUUGAGCGGAUCAUACAGAACCUGGAUGUGCACUUCUGGAAAGCCUUCUGGAACAUCACCGAGAUGGAAGUGCUAUCGUCUCUGGCCAACAUGGCAUCGGCCACCGUGAGGGUAAGCCGCCUGCUCAGCCUGCCACCUGAAGCCUUUGAGAUGCCGCUGACUGCCAACCCCACGCUCACAGUCACCAUCUCACCCCCACUGGCCCACACGGGCCCUGGGCCCGUCCUCGUCAGGCUCAUCUCCUACGACCUGCGUGAAGGACAGGACAGUGAGGAGCUCAGCAGCCUGGUAAAGUCCAACGGCCAACGGAGCCUGGAGCUGUGGCCGCGCCCCCAGCAGGCACCCCGCUCGCAGUCCCUGAUAGUGCACUUCCACGGCGGUGGCUUCGUGGCCCAGACCUCCAAAUCCCACGAGCCCUACCUCAAGAGCUGGGCCCAGGAGCUGGGCGCCCCCAUCGUCUCCAUCGACUACUCCCUGGCCCCCGAGGCCCCCUUCCCCCGUGCACUGGAGGAGUGCUUCUUCGCCUACUGCUGGGCCAUCAAGCACUGCACCCUCCUUGGCUCAACAGGGGAACGAAUCUGCCUUGCGGGGGACAGUGCAGGUGGGAACCUCUGCUUCACCGUGGCUCUUCGGGCAGCAGCCUACGGGGUGCGGGUGCCAGAUGGCAUCAUGGCAGCCUACCCGGCCACAAUGCUGCAGCCUGCCGCCUCUCCCUCCCGUCUGCUGAGCCUCAUGGACCCCCUGCUGCCCCUCAGUGUGCUCUCCAAGUGUGUCAGCGCCUAUGCUGGUGCAAAGACAGAGGACCACUCCAACUCAGACCAGAAAGCCCUCGGCAUGAUGGGGCUGGUGCGGCGGGACACAGCCCUGCUCCUCCGAGACUUCCGCCUGGGUGCCUCCUCGUGGCUCAACUCCUUCCUGGAGUUAAGUGGACGCAAGUCCCAGAAGAUGUCGGAGCCCAUAGCAGGCCUAUCUGCUCCCCCUCUCUCAGAGCCGAUGCGCCGCAGUGUGUCUGAAGCAGCGCUGGCCCAGCCCCAGGGCCCACUGGGCACGGAUUCCCUCAGGAACCUGACCCUGAGGGACUUAAGCCUGAGGGGAAACUCCGAGACGUCGUCGGACACCCCAGAGAUGUCGCUGUCAGCUGAGACACUUGGCCCCUCCACACCCUCCGAUGUCAACUUCUUAUUACCACCUGAGGAUGCAGGGGAAGAGGCUGAGGCCAAAAAUGAGCUGAGCCCCAUGGACAGAGGCCUGGGCGUCCAUGCCGCCUUCCCCGAGGGUUUCCACCCCCGACGCUCCAGCCAGGGUGCCACACAGAUGCCCCUCUACUCCUCGCCCAUAGUCAAGAACCCCUUCAUGUCGCCGCUGCUGGCACCCGACAGCAUGCUCAAGAGCCUGCCACCUGUGCACAUCGUGGCGUGCGCGCUGGACCCCAUGCUGGAUGACUCGGUCAUGCUCGCGCGGCGACUGCGCAACCUGGGCCAGCCGGUGACGCUGCGCGUGGUGGAGGACCUGCCGCACGGCUUCCUGACCCUGGCGGCGCUGUGCCGCGAGACGCGCCAGGCCGCAGAGCUGUGCGUGGAGCGCAUCCGCCUCGUCCUCACUCCGCCCGCCGGGCCCGCGCCCGCCCCGCCGCCGGUGUGAGCCGCCCGCCGGAGCCGGGCCGCGCGGGGAGACGGGGUUGCGGGGGGCGACACUAAAAGCCUGUUGUUCCCAUCUGCGCCGGCCUCCGUCAUGAAUGCGUUCCGGGCCGGGCGGAAGGGGACGCGGGCUGUGCCUUACUUAAGUCGGGGGUGGCAAGGGGGCGAGGCGGGGGCCCGGGCCCGAAAGCUGAGACCCCCGCCACGGGGAGGGGGACGCGCACACACACCGGUCACCGAGACGGCUGGACCUGCACGCCACCGCUGCCUUUUGCUGCUGCUGCUGCGACCGCCGCAGGGACGGGGACUGGCCCUCCCUUGCAGGUCGCUUGGUUGGUUUAUUUCUUGUAAAUAAAAGUAUUUAAUUAG